AUGUUACCCAACAUUGAUGUAGCUAACGUUAACUAUUUAUCAAUUUGCUUUCGAGAUGAUAGUCAACCAACAGGUGAUAUUUUUACACAACUUCGAGAACUAUCAUAUGAAUAUUUCUAUACAUCUUUAUCUGACGUUAUUUGUAAACUAUUGAAAUCUAGUGGAAAAAUAUUACUAGGAAGUUGUUCGAAUCUAUUGUACGUUCGUCCCGCUGAACUAGUUCAUUUAAUGAAUGAUCUUAUUGAUAUUAUUAAUGCAGACACAAGUUCAAAUCCUGAUAAGCUAAUUUUGUAA